AUGGAAUCAGACGCGAGCUUCGGCUCCAGCAGCAGCUCCAGCUCGGACUCCGUGUUGAUCCGCGUCCCCCUGGACCAGAAGCGCCGCAAGAAACUGCGCGCCCAACUCCAAGAAGAUCAGCGCCGACACGGCGAGCACCAGUCGUUCCUUGCCGCUUCGUGCAGUCCAGACGCUCACCCGCGCUCCCCGUCUUUUUCAACGGACCUCCUCGAGAGCCACGACAGGAGCAAAAGCGAACACAUUUGCGUCGUCUGCGAGCAAGAAGGCGGCGGUCUCGUCGUGUGUCUAGGGCCCUGUAUCUCGGCCUUCCACGUCCGUUGUCUACCGCCCGACAGCGGCGCCGCAGAAGCCCAAGACGAGGCCUGGCUGUGUCCAAACUGCAAGAGCAAGACCCACGCGUGCUUCCAUUGUAAACGAGUGGGCGUGGAGAUGCUGGCGGACGACGUGCGAGCCACGACGCACUCGGAAUCGCCAAAGCGACCCGUCCGCAAGUGCCGCGCGCUCUCGUGUGGCAAGUUUUACCACCAGGAGUGCAUCUCGCAGUUCCCGCUGGCCAGAAUCGCGAUCAACACGCACUUUAUCUGUCCGCUUCACACGUGCGCAGGCUGUAACCAGUCGGGAGCACAGCAAGAAGCGGUGAGGUGCAUGAGGUGUCCCGUGGCGUACCACGCACGGUGUUUACCACGGAAUUGUGUGCGACGGAUCUCGACCAAGCUGAUCAUCUGUCCGAAACAUGCAGGAGCUGAGAAAGAGGGGACGGGUAGCAAUGACGGGAUUGGGGAGAGAGAGAGCAAACAGAGUGUGAAAAUUGCCACGUCCAAGCACGCGAGCCGUGAGCGUGCGGGCAAUGAGGAUGAGGUCGUGUCGGAAGCGUCGGUGGUUAGUGCGAGUAGUGCGAGGAGAAAGGAAAAGCGAGAGAAGCGAGAAAAACGCGACAAGAAGAAGAAAAAGAAGAAGAAGAAGAAGGACAAACACAAGGAAAGAAAAGAGAGCGUGGUAGCGCAGGGUAAUGACGCACUUUACUACAGAAAUGGAGAGCGUGGCGGAAAAAAGCGUAAGCGGAGCAAGAGAGAUAUACUGGAGUCGGACGGAAAGACUGUCACCCAGCGUGUCGAUAAGGGCAGUGUUCCGACUUCGUUGGAUCGCCGCGUGGACCUUUCGGCUGCUGCUCAGUCUGCAGGAUCCACAGUUGCGUGGGCAUCGUGUUCAUCGGUGUCAUCAUUAGCACUUUCCGAGAGUCCUGCGACGGUUAAUAGGCGGAUACAAAAGCGUCUGGAAGAGGCAUUAGGGCACAGUGACGAUGAUGAUUCUGAUAUCUCGAUUUCCGACCCUCCACCAAAGAUGAAGCCAUCUGGCAGUGAUAUACAUGGUGUCGGCAACCUGGAUACGAGUGUGGUUGUAAAAAAGGAGGAGAGCUCUAAUGGGGAACGACCAUGGCCUCUAAACAAAUCGGAAGUCAAAGAAACAGCAACAUCAUCGAGCUCAUCUGUUCCGGUGGAUGUGCACCCGUCAGGCGAUAGAGGAUCAUUAGUAGCCAAAUCAUCCACGGAAGAGGGUACAGCAGGUUUGAAGGGUAACCGUGACAAGCAUUGGCAAAAAGACUAUGAUAUGGAUGCGAACACUGUUCGCGCUAUGAAGCGGGAGCAACUAGUACCAGCAGAAGACGGGCUAAUGCAUGACAGUCAGAAGUCGCCAUCUGCCAGUGUACUCAUUUCAUCAUCGACAAGCGUCGCACCCGCAGGCUUGGCGCUAAAGCAUGUACCUAGCGAAGAUGAAGACGAAGACGAUAACGGUGGUGUUGGACCUGCGACGCCGCCUGUAAAUGCGACUCCAAGAACAAGCAGAGCAUAUGUAUAUGGAAAGAAAAAGAGGAAAAACAAGGCGAAGCGAGAAGCACAGCGCGUUCUAAAACGGGAAACGAGCGAAGAGGAAGAUGACGAAGGAGAUGAGGCGAAGUGGGUUCAAUGUGACAGCUGCAAGAAGUGGCGAACGGUGCCAAGAAAUUUUGACCUGGAUGCGAUGCCUAAGCACUGGUAUUGCAACAUGAAUACAUGGGACCAACGAUUUGCGUCCUGUGUUGUUGCUGAGGAAGUGGUCAAGGUAGGAUCAUCUCCUCGAGCAGGUAAGAGACGGUAUAGGCUCAAGAACUCCAAGUCGUCCGGCUCUAAUGCGGGUGAUGUGGGCGGCUACUCCUCUUCAGGAUCAGGUGCGUACAAAAGGUCAGGGGGGCCUAUGAGGUCAUCUGCUGCUGACUUGACUGUGCAAGAUGAAAAAGAUAAAACUUCGCGGUCAAAAAACAAAGACAAGGCGACAAAAAAGCGCAAAAUUACAAAGCAACUCAAGGAGAAAUACCGCGAGGUCAAAUGGGUUCAAUGUGAGAACUCACAAUGUGGGAAGUGGCGCAUCGUUCCAGCUUCGAUCGAUUUUGACCGGUUGCCAGCGGUCUGGUACUGCCAUCUUAAUACGUGGGCCCCCGAGCUUGCGAAAUGCAGCGUUUCCAAUCCCGCGGAGGUCAAUGUAUUUUUGCUGAAGCAAGCUAAGAAAGACGACCGCCCACCAAAGAAAACAAAAGCGUCUAUAUUGAUGGGCGACCCUGCACCAGUAGUGCCUGUACCAGCCACGUCGGGUGGUGGCACCAUCCCGACAUCUCCUGUGAAUGAUCCUGCUAACGCGUGCAAGCCAAAUGUAACAAAGUAUGGCAAAGGCGUGAAGUCUACGGCGUCUUGGACAAGAAACACACCAUUACUCGUGGACAGUAACACCACCGAUGAAGCAUGCAACGACGGCAAUAAUAACGUAGAUGGCGCUACUUCGGGUCAAACUACCAAAGGAAAAGGGGGGCGAGGGCACAACAACAGCAGCAACGGACACUCCACAGGCAUGAAGAAGACUGUGCUGGAGUGGGCGCAGUGUGAAAAGUGCAACAAGUGGCGGAAACUACCGCAACACAUCAAGUCAUCCACUCUACCCGAUAAAUGGUACUGCUCAAUGAACCAUUGGGAUCCGACACAUGCUAAAUGCAGUGUGCCAGAGGAGGCGGACCAGGAGCCCCUGUCUCUACCGCCUCAUCCAGGCUCACAGUGGCACAAGGGAGGACAGAAGGGUCAGCGUUCCAGACGAGGCAAACUGAGCUACUCGGAGCUACUAUAUGGUAGUACGGGGCAGUUGCGAAAGGCGUAUACCACAGAAUCCUCUACAUUGUCAUUUGAAUACGAAGGCAUGACCUACCAUCGCGAUGGUCAGUAUGAGCGCAGCAGCAUGUACGUGUCCCCAGCAGCGAUGGCAGCGGCAGCCACGAUGGCAGGAUGGGGCGGCAGUGAUCAUCCGGAUCGUGCGACUACUAGCAACUGGGAUGUAAAAGGAGGCAGCGAAUCAAGGUUGGACACGGUAUCGGCAGCGACACCUCAACUAAGCGUCGAUCGUGUGGCUGCGUUGGUGCUUGAAAGUAUGGAUUUGCGCCAACGCCGCAGUGUCCUCGAGCUCCUCGAUGUAGUGAACUCAGCCCUUGACGGACCAAAAGCUGCUCCAACUGGCCUUGCGUCACUGGCGGUUGUCACUGCUGCUCUAGGCCAGCUGGAACACCGUGGUCUCGUUGAGAAAGUGACUACAUCGCCAGAGAACGGCGAAGAAAAUGAGCCGUCACGAGUGCGAGUGCGAGUCGAGAUGCUCUUUAAUCGAGCAUUUUGUCUGCCCACUCACUACCGGAAGGUGCCUACGAGGCCUUUGAAAGCGUCAAAAUGCUGGAAGUAUGGCACAAACGUGGUGACGGUCUCGCCCGUAAAGGAUGCAUCAAGCAGUCAUUCACGCUAG